CCAAAAAUAGAAAUGUAGUUCAAUUUCCAUUUUCGUAGGAGAUUUAUUAGGAUGUAAUUUCAACCAUAUUUUUUUGUUUUGUUGAAACUAAUCCCAUGCUCCAUUUCUUUUCGUUCCUCUUGUCCCUUUCUCAAACAUCCCCGCCCUUCUCCUAAAGGGUUUACCUGAUUGGGAGAACGGUAGGGAUGCGUGUUGCCUUCUUCCGGAUUUAGAAAUUUGUAAUAAUGUCGUCGGAUUCAUCUUCGAGUCCAUCGCCACCACCUGACUCAACGUCAUCUUCACCUUCACCGCCGGCGGCGGAUUCACCACCACCUCCGUCCAGCAGUGGUUCACCACCACCGCCGACUCCAACAGAAUCACCACCACCACCGUCGACGGCUGGAUCACCGCCACCUCCACAAUCCUCCACGCCACCGCCAGCGAGCGGCGGUUCAUCGCCGCCGCCUCCGUCGUCGAGCGGCGGUUCAUCGCCGCCGCCUCCGUCGUCGAGCGGCGGUUCAUCAUCGUCGCCUCCGUCGGACUCUGGUAAUGGCAAAUCUUCUAGUCCGUCGCCGCCGUCUGGAAACGACAAAGGCAAGUCUCCGCCUUCUGAUAGCGACGAAAAAUCUCCAUCGCCACCGAAGUCUAAGUCCGGAGACUCAUCUUCGCCGCCGUCGCGAUCUGGAAAUGAUCGUCAGAGGAGCGAUUCGCCGCAAUUAGAGGAUGCAUCGGGUAAAAGUUAUGAUGAUUCGUCGAAUCAAACCGCCAUAAUCGCAGCGGCUGCUGCUGGAGCAGCAUUACUGCUCUUCGUUUUUGUUGCCCUCAUGAUUUGUUGUUUGAAGAAGAAGAAGCGAAAGAGGCCUGAUCACGAGCUCAAAUACUACAGAGACAACAAUAAUCCUCAACAGAACAUGAAUAAUAAUUACUAUAAUAACCCUUCCUCGGAAUACAUGGUGAAGAUCCAGCCACCGCCUCCGCCGGGGAGCGCCGGAGUGAGUUCGGAAUACGGGUGGAAGCCGGUGCCGCCGCCGCCUCCGCCGGCAUUGACCAGCAGCGAGAUGAGCUCGGGCGGCUUCUCAGGGCCAUACCAAGGUGGAAUGGCGCAAUCGCAACAUCCGGCCGUGUCCCUAGGGUUCAGCCAGAGCAGCUUCACGUACGAAGAUCUGGCGGCGGCGACGCGCGGCUUUGCUCAGGAAUAUCUGCUCGGGCAGGGGGGUUUCGGGUACGUGCACAAGGGGGUGCUGCCCAACGGCAAGGAAAUCGCCGUGAAAAGCCUGAAAUCCAACAGCGGGCAGGGCGACCGCGAGUUCCACGCGGAGGUGGAUAUCAUUAGCAGAGUGCACCACCGCCACCUGGUGUCGCUGGUUGGGUACUGCACCACCGGAGCUCAAAGAUUGCUGGUUUAUGAAUAUGUGUCUAAUGGUACCCUUGAAUAUCACCUUCAUGGAGCUGGUCGCCCAGUUAUGGAUUGGCCUACCAGACACCGAAUUGCUCUGGGAUCUGCUAAAGGAUUCGCAUACCUUCACGAAGACUGUCAUCCUCGCAUUAUCCACAGAGAUAUAAAAGCUGCAAACAUUUUGAUAGACUCAAAUUUUGAAGCAAAGGUAGCAGAUUUUGGAUUGGCCAAACUUUCAAACGACAACUACACUCAUGUCUCAACUCGAAUCAUGGGAACAUUUGGAUACUUGGCUCCUGAAUACGCAUCGAGCGGGAAAUUGACUGAGAAGUCCGACGUCUAUUCAUUCGGUAUCAUGCUUCUGGAGCUCAUAACUGGAAGACGGCCCAUUGACAUCCACAGCGACGAUGACAGCUUAGUUGAUUGGGCUAGGCCUAUUCUGGCGCGAGUUCAAGAAGGAGGCAGCUACGAGGAAUUGGUUGAUCCGCGAUUGGGAGAUAACUACGAUCACAAAGAAAUGCUUCACAUGGUGUCAUGUGCUGGCGCUUGCAUAAGACAUUCUGCCCGAGGGCGUCCUAAAAUGAGCCAGAUCGUGCGUGCUCUAGAAGGAGACGUGUCUCUAGAUGACCUAAACGCGGGCGUGAUGAAGGUGUCGUCGAGCAGCGACUCCGACUACGACCUGAGGAAGUUCGCAAAGGGCGCGUUGUCGAGCCAAGAGUUCAGCAGCGAGGAACACACGGUGGACUUCCAAUCGAGGAGUUGAAAGGAUUCAAUUUAUACACGUGUGUAUGUUGUACACUUGCAAUACGAUUUGACUAUACGUACCGCAUAGGCGAAACUUGUUUAUUUGCUCAGACGUGAGAGGUGAUGGUUAAGACGUACAAAUAUUGUAGCCUUUUUUACAUAUCACAUUUUUAACCUUGUUGUAAACGCACACAAUGUAAUUUUAUGCUACCUUCAUGUUUACUCCUAGUUUGUUUUUGUUUCCUUUGCUUUAA